AUGGGUAAUAAAAAAAUUCCUCGCACUGUUACCACUAAACCUAAGAACCUUCAACGGUUCGACCCACUCACUGCAAAACAACCUGAGGCAAGUGGCUCCAACCCUCGCCCUGAACAAACUGGACAACUUUCUGCCCUCGACGAAGAUAUC